CGCAUGCGCGGUGCGUCGGCGUGAAGCCGGGCCGGGCCCGGGCAGAGGCGCCAGUGGCGGCGGCGGCGGCGGCGGCGGGAGCAGAGCGGACGCGGCGGCGCCUUCCUUGGGGGCGUCCAUCCAGCGCGGCCACCAUGAGCACCAAGCAGGUCACUUGCAGGUAUUUCAUGCAUGGCGUGUGUCGGGAAGGGAACCAGUGUCUCUUCUCACACGACUUGGCAACCAGCAAGCCCUCCACUAUCUGCAAAUACUACCAGAAGGGCUACUGUGCCUAUGGGACUCGCUGCAGAUACGAUCACACGAGACCCUCUGCUGCAGCUGGUGGUGCUGCGGGCACCGUGUCCCAUGCCGUGCCCUCCUCCCCUGGCUUCCACAGCACCCACCCUCACGCCAGCCACACGGCACCCAUCGUGAAGACGAAUCUCCAUGAACCCGGGAAACGGGAGAAGAGAACCUUGGUGCUGAGGGACCGAAAUCUUUCUGGCCUGGCCGAGGAGAAGACGUGCCCUGGUGUGGUGAGCAGCGCGGGGGGCUGCAGCGACCCCCAGAGCAGCCCCGAGGUAAAGCCACACUCCUACUUGGAUGCCAUCCGCAGUGGCCUGGAUGACGCGGAGGCCAGCAGCUCCGAGGGCAGCGAUGAGCAGUUGUGUCCCUACGCGGCCGCCGGCGAGUGCCGCUUUGGGGACUCCUGUGUCUACCUGCACGGGGACAUGUGUGACAUCUGCAGGCUCCGGGUCCUGCACCCCUUCGACCCAGAGCAGAGGAAAACUCACGAGAAGAUCUGCAUGUCCACGUUUGAGCAUGAGAUGGAGAAGGCCUUCGCCUUCCAAGCCAGCCAGGACAAGGUGUGUAGCAUCUGCAUGGAGGUAAUCCUGGAGAAGGCGUCGGCGUCCGAGCGGCGGUUCGGCAUCCUCUCCAACUGCAACCACACCUACUGCCUGGCCUGUAUCCGCCAGUGGCGGUGCGCCAAGCAGUUUGAGAACCCCAUCAUCAAGUCUUGUCCGGAAUGCCGUGUGAUAUCCGAGUUCGUGAUUCCAAGCGUGUACUGGGUGGAAGAUCAGAAUAAAAAGAAUGAGCUGAUCGAAGCCUUUAAGCAAGGGAUGGGGAAAAAGGCUUGUAAAUACUUUGAGCAGGGCAAGGGAACCUGCCCGUUCGGAAGCAAAUGCCUUUACCUCCACGCGUACCCUGAUGGGCGGCUCGCGGAGCCCGAGAAGCCACGCAAACAGCUCAGCUCCGAAGGCACCGUGCGGUUCUUUAACAACGUGCGGCUCUGGGACUUCAUCGAGAAUCGGGAAAGCCGGCACAUCCCCAGCUCCGAGGAUGUCGACAUGACAGAGCUCGGCGACCUCUUCAUGCACCUGUCGGGAGUGGAGCAGUCUGAGUCCUGAGUGGCCCAGCCCCCCAGAUGAGGGUGGCAGGGAAACUUCCUACUGCAGCCCUGGGAGGUGCCCCAGCAUUGGUGUCCUCACCUCUCAGUUGCACAGGAAGUGAAGGCUAUAAAGGACGGAAUGAGUAGGUGGAAUCAGUUGAUGUCUGCGUUCACCUUAUGCUACCUGACGGGGCAGCGCAGCAGCGAGUUAGGGUCUCUUAAACCUGACCCGGCUCCAGCCCUUCUUGAGUUCUAGCUCCCUAGAAAAGUCAGUGUGCAGGUGUCCCCGAAACAGUACGUUCAUUUUCCUACCAAAGGCCUUGGUGCCCUGAAAGAACCCUCCAUAGUGAGUCUCCCCAGUGUAACUAGUGCAUGGUCAGCAACUUGGCUUUCCAAGUGGGUGCCGCACCCCUCACAAAGCUUUCCUUGAUGUGUACCAGUGGCCCCAGUGGCCCCCAGUGUUCCCUUGUCCAGGAGAGGGGCCAGAGUGCAGCCCCUCGUUUCCAGUUGGGGCCACCAAUUGGAGGAAGCCUUGUAAUGUACCUUCGUCGUGUGUGCAGCUCAAACUAGCUCUUCUCAUCUGUAAAGCCCGACUUUGGUCCCAAGUUGUGCAAAAGUCAGAAGCAUCCAGAAACUGUCUGGUUCUGGCCCAGGCAAGGUCCAGAAGAAACAGAACCCAUGUCUUCUGCCAUCAAUUGUGAUUUCGUUUGAAAGAACAUCACCUUGUGAAUCAGAACACACAUCCGCUCUAUUUUUGUACACAGCUGUAGAUACCAAAUGUGUGAUAAAGUGUGUUCGCGUGUGAGUAGGAA